AUGUUGUGCUACCAACAGCAGUGCUUUCCUCCUCUCCACCAGGAGCACAUCUCCAUUAAGUGCCCCCAAACACACCCUCUGAUGCACAGAUGGCAGUCAGCAGUGUGCACCCCGCAGUAUGUGACCCCCUGCACUCCUCGGCAGCGGUUUCUGUCAUCCAGCUUCUCCCCGCAGCAGUGUGUGACCCAGUGCAUACCACGGCAGCAGUAUGCAACCAGGUGCAUUCAACAGCAACAGCGUGUGACCCAGCACAUCCCACCCGCCAGGUGUGUGACAACCUGUGUGCCACAGCAGUCAUGUGCCACCCAAUGCACGUCGCAAGAGGCAUGUGUGACCAAGUGCGUGCCCCAGCAGCAGUGUGCAACCAAAUUCAUCCCACAGCAACAAUGUGCAACCAAGUGCAUCCCGCAGCAACAGCAUUCAACCCGGUGUGUGACCACAUGCAUGCCGCAGCAGCCGUUCCUGACCAAGGGAAUCCACCAGCAGCACAGUGCGACCGUGUGCAUCCCGCAGCACUGCGUGACCACAUACACCCCACACCAGCAGUGUGCAACCAGAUGUGUGACCACAUGUGUGCCACAGCAGCGUGCCACCAGGUGUAUCUCGCAGCGUUAUGUGACCGCUUGUGCCCCGCAGCAAUGUGCCACCAAGUGCAUCCCACAGCAACAGUGUGCAACCAGGUGUGUGACCACGUGUGUGCCUCAGCCAUGUGAGACCAACAGCGCAAGCGUCUGUGUCCCGCAGCAGCACCAGUGUGCCACCAAGAACAUCCCACAGCAGCACCAGUGUGCCACCAAGGUCGUCCCACAGCAGCACCAGUGUGCCACCAAGGGUGUUCCACAGCAGCACCAGUGUGUCACCAAAGGGAUCCCACAGCAGCACCAGUGUGCCACCAAGAACAUCCCACAGCAGCACCAGUGUGCCACCAAGGGCAUCCCACAACAGCACCAGUGUGCUACCAAAGGCAUCUCACAGCAGCACCAGUGUGCUACCAAGUGUGUCCCACAGCAAUGUGCCACCAAGGGUGUCCCGCAACAGCAGCAGGGUGUUACCAAGUGCGUCCCACAGCAGUGUGCCACCAAAGGGAUCCCCCAGCAGUGCCACUGUGCUACCAAGUGCAUCCCACAGCAGCAGCACCAGUGUGCCACCAAAGGAAUCCCACAGCAGCACCAGUGUGCCACCAAGGGUGUCCCGCAAAAGCAGCAGGGUGUUACCAAGUGCGUCCCACAGCAGUGUGCCACCAAGGGUGUCCCACAGCAAAGUGUGACUCAAUGUGUCCCACAGCAGCCUUAUCAGUCAGGUGGAGUAAAAAUUUCAAGCCAUUCUAAGAAAUACUGCUCUGCAUCCAAAUGGCCCUGGUAA